AUUCAAUCCUUUUUGAUGGAGGCUCUGAAAAACCGUUGCAUGUUUGCUGUUGUGAUAGUCCAUCCGCGAUUGAACGUUUAAAAUUUAUUGGUUAAAAAUCGCCUUGUCUGGAAGAUGAAGUAAUUACUCGACAAUUAAACAGCAAGGGGCUGAAAAUGUCCAUUAACGUUACAGUCAAUGGAAAUCCUGUGUACAUUAAAAGAAGAGGAGUUCUCUCAGAUGUCGAGCAGAUCAAAAAAUAUGAACGUGAACGCAGGAGAAAGUUACGAUUGGAGCAGGUCAGAGAGCAGUCGAAAGAACUGUCGAGCCAAUUACGGGAUAGAGCGAAAAAUGCUGUCAAAAAAACCGUAAAUCAUUUAGAAAAUGACAAGGAUUCAGAGCUCCGUCGAAUGCACGAACAGAAAGUUAUGGGGAUACAACAGAAAUAUCAAGAGGAUAUGGAAGAUAUUGGAUUGGCUCACAUGUCAGCAGCAGCACAGCCUGAUGUUGAAAUUAUCCUGGAAAGUGGACGUCGAAAAAAUCAAUUGGCAGCUGCUGAAAGAGGAAAAGAGGCAUCUCAACGACUUAAAGAAUCUGCCAAGCAGGAGGAUCCAGUGACAAAGCAGCAGGAGCGUCUGCGUCAGGUGCGAGAGGUAGAAAACGUGAGAUCCUCGAUGAUAGCAAAUCUCUCGAAACGUUCCCCAGUGAAGUUAAAAACCCCAACACACCCGACAGCCCCUCAGUCCUCACCAGCCUCGAACAUUCCCCCCAGUACAGCUGAGACCUUCAAACCUCCGCACCAAUCCCCAACCCUCCGAAGGAGCUCUUCAAAGAGACGAAAACACAAGGCAACAUCCUCCAAAAAAUCUCCAUCAAAAGUGAUUUCGAAACCAAGUCUAAAAACCGUAUAUCAUCCAUCAAAAUCUACGCAACAAGUCGUGGUAGAGAUUCAUCAGGAGGACACUUCCACAGAUCGUCAAUUGCGUCCCCCAGAGUCCCAGAAAUCCUCGAGAGCUGGAAGAGGUCCGACAAGAGCCAAAACCCCUGGACCCGUCGAGAUGGAUCGAAUUGAAAGCCUCGAUAAAUCGAAGGGCAUUGACAAAGCUCCUGAGUACAAUCCCACGCAUUACCAGAAUCCCUCAUCCUCUACCAGCAGUCUCUCAGUGAGUGAUGACUCCUCGUACUUCUCUGAUGGAGCUGCCAGCAGCAUCGUGGAGCUCAUCCCUCCAAGGGAGCACCUCCCACGACCCCAACCACCAGGGAAACCCUCUCCAACGAAAGUUCAUCUCUACGACUACAACACUCGUCAGAGAGGCACGUACUCUCGUCGCCCAGGUGUUGUUGAAAGAAUUGAUCUAGUGGACGAGCCAAAUGCUGUGGAAUUGGCGAGAAAAACUGCAUCCCUCCAGACUAAAGACUCAGUAUCAAUCGAGAGCCAACGAGCAAGAGCCCAGCAACGAGGAACCAACGCAGCCCUUCGUGAACGGGCCAAGAAAGAUUACCAGAAUUUAAUUCAAAAAUUGGAUCAUCUGUCCCGUGAAGAACGCAAGCUGAAGGCCAGCCAGACCCCCUGCCAUCACAGUAUUGCAGAUAAAAAACGAAGAAAGCAGAAGAAAGACACGAAACAAGCCGAGAUGAAUCGAGCUUUUGAAGCUUCUCGAGUUGAUCCCAUCGAGAGGAUUAUAACGAUUCAGAAUUCCAGGGAUUCUGACAGUCCUUAUGACAGUGUUUAUGAACGUUCAGAUAAUUCUCCAGUGGAAGACAAUAGAGUUGAUCCCUCGAUAUCACGUAACGAGCAAAUUCUCGAGAUGCUGAAGAAGGUCGAGCGUCAGAAGCGACUGCUGUUGCAGCAGUUUGGGGCUUCCCUGCCAGAUUCUGUCUUCAAUGCCAGCAUGACUCGCCUCUUCGAUGACCAACGAUCGAGUGAACCACGUCAGGAUGAUAAAUCUAUAGAAAAAAAGGCAGUAUCUCCUGAGAUAAAGAUAAUAAAAGUACCUGAACCUACUCCACAGCCUCAGAGGAUCGAGACAGCUGUCCAGACGUCGCAAAUUCCAUCACCAGAUGUUACAAUCGUCAAUGACAAAAGCAUCCAAGUAGAAUUGAUAGACACAUCAUCAAAAACAGUGAAGAGAAUAUCUGAUCCUCUGGAGUACGUCGAGCCAGUCGUGAGGAUUUUGCAUCCAGAGGUUGUCGCCAGCAGCAGUGAUUCCUCAGCUCCUGGAAUUGUCAUUGACUUCAGCAAGCAACAGGUCAAAGUGACACCAACAAAAAGAAAAACAUCCCGAAGAAAGGCACCUAAAUCACUGCCAACGAGUGGUAGAGCAUCUCCAGUUAAGAAAAUCCCUGAGAUUACGAAAAUUCCGGGAUCAGCAUCAGCUUCAGCACCAACAUCUCGAGUUAGCAGUCCCCAGGAGGGAAUCGAGGAGGAAAAACCGAAGAAGUACAAGUUACCAGAGCGUAAGAGAGUCCCUGUUGUUGAUACCAGCACUGAUGUAUCAUUUGGACAGCCCUCGAGACAGAGGGGACAGGGACAAUCGUACGUUAAAGUAAAACAAACGAUUUUAAAGAAAUAUUAUAAUAACACUUCUGACACUUCGACUUCCUACGCUAGCUUGCCAGCUGUUCAGCCAGGUUCUUCCUACCCUGAGGCAAUUACCAGUAAUAUGACUCCAAUUCUUCAGAUGCUCGACUCUUCUGCUAAUGAGAGUAUCUUGAAGAAAUUCAAGGAGAGAGAUAUCAGUCCUGUUUCAACACCAGAGACUCCCUCACCCAGGACCAUGAGGAUUCGCUCCAAUAUUCCUGAUGUUGAGAGACUUGGGAGGAUCUUGAGAUUCGAUGAGGUCGAUACCACGCAGGAGGGAAGUGACGUGAGAAGGCGCAGGAAGAAGUCCAGGGAACCAGAGAGGAUCAAGAAGAGCCCCAGGGAGUCAGUGAGUUAUGAGGAGGGUGGGGAUGUCUGUUGGUGUAAAAAUCCAGCAUGCAGAAUCGUUCAUGAAGAGGCUGUGGCAACUCCACAGGAGGAUUAUGGAAUUACUAAUCCUGAGACUUUCAAGCAGUAUGAUGAGCUCCAGAAUAUCUGUGCUGAGAGGAUUGCAUCGCUCAAUGCACUUAUUAAACAAGUCAGGGAUGAAAAACCAGAAGACUUUUCUAUAACAGCACCAAGUGACGACACGUCUCUAAUGCUGAUGCCAACACCCCGUCCCCGAGACAAUCUCCACAGUGUUCAAAAAUUAGUAGAAAGCAUCGAGGCAAUUCACAGUCAACUCGCCAAAACCCUGCACGAGUCCCAGCGAAUAAUAACAGGAAAUGUAAUGGCUUCGAGACGUCUGGGGUCUCCAAAACUCUCCAAACUUCCGCCUCCAAUACUUCAAAAAUCAAAAGAACUGCCAAAAUCCCCGCAGCCCGCAAAAUCUCCAAAGCCCCUACCCCCAGACUCUCCAAAAUUCCCGAAAUCUCCAGGCCUUCCAAGACCUUUAAUGACUCCCCAACCAGAAGACAAGAAAAAGCCAAAAGUAAUAAGCGAAGAAAUCGUAGAAAUCAAUCUCCAAAGAUUCAAAUCGAGGAAAGAAUCCUCUCACCCUCAACCAUCAACAUCAACUCCGAAUCACGAUGAGAUAGUGGAGAAGCUGUCGCUAGAAAUUCUGGAACAAACCAAGAGUUCAGAGAAGGCGACAGGCUCGAGGAAGAAGCCCGAGUCACCAACAAAGGGAGAAAAAUCAAAAGAAACAUCUCCAACAAAGAAUCAACCUGAAGAACCCUUUGUUCCUCUCCUUGCAGGUAUUUCAAAGGCCUCAAAACCCUUUCCCAGUGUUCCCCAGGGGAAUGGACGUCGUCGUCCACCUCCAGUAAGUCAUCCCAUUUCCUAUGGUAUCGAAGCCCUUUCUCCACCUCACGAGCUUUCGACAAUUGCAGAGUUCGAUACCCCAGACACCGUGAAUCGUAGUCACAUAAGCACCAAAAGCCCGACUGGAAAGUCCAGGAGACAAUUACCACUUUGUCCUGAUAAUCAAGAAAAUAUAACAGAAGAAGCUGAUGUGCAGGAUGGUAAAGUGACAAAAGUCCCAGCAGAAGAUGUAGCUGCAGUGGUGCAGAAAAAGGAAUCCAAUGAAUCCGUCAAAUCGACUGACUCUGUUGAUGCCAAGAAUUUGCAAGUCGAGCCAAAUCGAUCAAACAGAUUUUUAACAUCUAGCAGUUCAAAUAGUUUUUCUGGAUUAUCUGGAAUUUCAGAAAUUCUCAGCACUCCAACGUCUGAUGGUGCAGCAUGGGCAUCUUCUCCAGAACGCACUGAAAAUCAUUUUAGAAAAUUGGGUCUGUCCUGGGCUAUUCCUGUCCUCAGGAAGACAACAGAAGCUGCUGCUCUGAGCUCAUCAUCUAGCUCUGAUGCCACUCUACUUGCAAUACUCAGGAAAACAAAGUCUCCAGUUAGAAAAAAUGGCAGCAGCACUCCUCUCACUGGUCUUCCAGACUUCAGUGAUGUCUCUUCUAUUUCCAUCAGGGAGGCCAGCAAAAGCACUGAGCGGGCUGUACUCAUGAAGGCUAGAACUUCUACACCUAAUAUUCAAAAUUCGAAUUACAGCAGCGUGAAGUCCACCAGUAAUUCAACUUCUGGGAUAAGUCGAGAUGAUAGCGAUAGUAUCAAUCUGUCUCAUAAGAAGAGAUGAGAUUUAUGACUGAGAUCAUGGUGUUCAUAUUUUAACGAGUUUUAAGUGAUUUUAAAUUGGUAGGGAUUUUUAUUUCUAGGUAAUUAACUAAAUCCAUAUUUUCUGACUGAACUUUUUUGAAGAGGACCGAUUUUAGGAGAACCAUUAAUAAAUUAAUUUUUGUCUUUGUAAGUCAAUUUUAUUGGGACGGGGAGUUUUUUUUAUUGUAAAAUGGAGUUUAUUGUAAGAAAUAGAUUUUCAACACUCGAUUUAUGGAGUUUAUUGCCGAAAAUUUCGGCUGAGGAAAGGCAAACAGAUUCUCGAUAGAGUUUAAGGCCCGGAUGGACUGUCUGGAAAAGAUAAUUUACUCCAAAAUUGGGACUUCUAAUUACUCCGUCAAUUAA